GGCCAUCUAACGACAAGAACGAAACAUCAUAUUCUUCCAAUUCGCCUGCACGUCUCCCCGCAUUACCACCAACAAUAGCAUCGAUUACGAGAUCAUUCUAUACUAGGAAUCAUCAAUACAAAGGGCAGGCAUCGUCGCGCAACAUGGCGGAGGAGCUGCUGGACAAGCUGCGAGACGUGGUCGAGGGCCAAAUAGACUUUGAAGGCCAACGGCGAGCAGAGGGCUUUGCGACCCUGCUCCUUGCCUUGACAGGACUCAUCGCAUUUAACGUCGGAUACAUCCUGCAAGACAUCGUCAAGUGCGUAUACGUCGGACUGGGCGGGACGGUGCUGACGUUCCUCGUCGUCAUUCCACCAUGGCCCUUCUACAAAAGGAACCCGGUCAAGUGGCUGCCUGCCGGGUCUGCAUUCAACACGGGCGGGACAUGACGGCUGAUCAAGGCCCGGCGAUGCGGGAUGCUGUCUAGAAUAGCAUGUAACUCAAAAUUCAUUUUCG